AUGAGUAAAAAGCAAACUAAGACUAUCACAAAUCCAUUAACUACCAUCUUUGGUUUCUUGUAGAAAUAGGUUCGUGUUCAAAUAUGGUUAUUUGAAAAUACUGAGAUUAAGCUUGAAGGAAAGAUUAUAGGUUUUGAUGAAUAUAUGAAUAUGGUUCUUGAUGAAACUUCAGAAGUUGAUUGCAAGACUAACUAAAAAAGAGAAAUUGGAAGAAUAUUAUUAAAAGGUGAGAAUAUAACGCUGAUAAGGAAUCUAGAUGAAGUGGUAAUGUGA